AAUCUUAUUUUCUGUAGUUUUGAGUCUGAUUUAGUGUCAAAAUACCCCCUCAUCCUGAGAGGGUUAUAUGGCGAGUUCCAUUUUGCAAUAUAAGACAGGAAAGAUGAUAGCAUCCUAAAGUCAAGCCUUCUUGUUACAUUGGGAUUAUUUUAUGGUCACUAUCAUAAAAGUCACCAUUCGACAGAAAUGCAUUGUCCACUAUAUUAGUCAGGGUUCUCCCAUCUUCUAGAUUUACUGAUUUCCCCCAAGAAUGAUCUUAAAUUGAAAAGAUGGAGACAUAAAAGAAUUGUGGAUGUCUACUCCAAUAGAGAAUCAAAAAUGUAAAAUUAACUAUUAGAGGAAUGCUCCCGAAGCAGCCUCUUUUCUUCCUGGGGAGAGGUCUCCAUUAGGGGAUCUCUAACCUGAGUCUUAUAGGUAACAGAAGGUACAACACACUUCCUUUAUUCACUGACUACCUUGUAUGUGCCAGAUACUGUAAUAGACACUAUAGACACAGCAGUAAAAGCAUACAGUGGACACAUAGAUAACUAUUUACUAGAUAGCCGUACAUGCUAAGGCCAAAAUAAAAUAGGUGAGAGGGGAGAACAGGGUAGCAAGACUGAUCAGGGACCUCAUUUUCUAGUGAGAAUAUGUGAGCAGACUCCUAAACAGUAAUGAGACCAAGAAGCAGAAUAGCCAUUUCAGGCAGGUGGAAGGACAUGAUAAAGAGCACACAGGGUACAAACGAUCUUUAGGGGAAAACAGCAGUUUUUCUUCUUGACUGAUGAGGUAAGACUGUGACGAAUGGUCCCUGAAUAAGUGGAUGAAUGAAUGAAGUAGUGUAAAGUUCUGUGAACAGUCCUCAUUGCCAGCUGAGAGAAGAGGGGCUGGCUUUGGAGCUCUUUGAAGACCAAAGUGAUGUCAUUGGGUUUUCUUUGGUUAUUUCAGAUUUGGAUUGAUUGGAGUUUGGUUUUUAAAAGUUAUCUAUAGCAACAGUAUGAACGAUGAACCUGAAAGAGAAGCAGAAGAAACCUACUACAAGCCAGUUCUUAUUGUAGUGCCUGUGAGAAAUCGCAGAGACAGAAAGUUGCGGUGUUUCCAGAGGCCUGCUAUCCACUUUCUGAUGCCUUUCUGAUAUUAGAAAGUUGAAGAACAGCUCUGAAGUUUACACUUGGGUGUCUGAUUUAUGAUCAUGUGGCCUCUGGAGGAGAAGCAUGAAAUAAUGAAUUUGGACCAGCAGAAAUACAGAUGUGAAAGUCAGGAAACAAGUAAAGGAAGAGUUGGCUAAUACCCCCAUAUACACUUUUAAAGGAACAACAGAAAUACUUAUUCUUGCCAGGCCCUGCAGAGAACAUUAGUAGAAUGUGGAGUCUUCCAAUGCUAUUGGGUUUGAUACUGGGAAGGCUAUCAGUGACCUCAGGAAGGCCAGUUUCGGUAGACAUGGGUAGAGACAGAGCUGAGUUAAAGGGCAUGAGACUGAGGUCUUCCAAACAAAGUUGUUGUUGUUGUUGUUGUUGUUGUUGUUGUUCUUCUUCUUCUUCUUCUUCUUCUUCUUCUUCUUCUUCUUCCUCUUCCUCUUCCUCUUUCUCUUCCUCUUUUUCUUCCUCUUCUUCUUUCUCACUCUCCUCCACUUCAUCCUCCCCCUAUUCUUCCAAAGUUUUGGCUGGACCUAUUAGAUUUCUCUUCUCCUUUCUUUCUUUCUUUUCCCCACUUGGGGCCUAGAGCUGAAUGCCUAAGCCAGGAACAUGGUAGAAAGAUAAAAAGAGAUCUUUGUAGUUCUCGUAGGAAAGAGGCCAGGUACAGAAGCUCCUGGUGCUGAUGAGCCAGAUAGGACAAGGAGUGAUCUCAGUGGCCAGCUGCAGGUCAUGUAAGCCCAGAAACCUGUCUCCAGAGGGUGACAGACUUUGUUAUCUAUUUGAGUGAGGAAGCUUGGAAUGGGAAGCUGAAUUGGAGUGCACGUUUGCAAGAGUGCUAGGAGAAACGUUCAUUUCCUCCAGAAAUUCUGCUAGUGAAGGAGUGAGGGGUGGUGGCACAGUGUGAGUCUAAGUCUACAAUCUGAGGCAGUAAACUGACCCUAGUUAGAAAUUGAAGCUUGUGUGUCUAAAUGUUUUCAGGAUGUGCACAGGAGGGACUUUGACGUAAAAGAUAGUAGAAAUGGAGUAGUUAAUGAAUGAACAGAUACUGCCAACAAGAUCUGACAUAUGGGAGGUGGCUAAUUAGUAUUUGUGAAGCCAAGAUGGUGGUUUGGAAGGCAUGAGAAGAAAGGGACGCCAGAUUUUCUGAUAGCUCAAGGUCAAUGCUUGGGUCCCAUUCAAGGAUAGGAUCCAGGUAGAGACCAAGGACCUGACUGCAUAGAGAAGCAAGACUUCAGAUUUGUCUAAGUUAGGAGUUAAAAGCAACGGUCAGGACAAGAGACUCUUGUGUUUUCAUCCCUGAGAACUCAGUAAGCUACCAGUCAGUCUCCAAGCCUUGGAUCCCAAACACUUUGAUCCGGUCACUUGCUUGCAUUGCUGUCCCCGCCCACUGGGGGCGUGUCUCGAGGGCGAGCUUGGUGGCUGUUCAGAAGCCUCGAGAGCCAUCAGUUCCUACCAGACUCUUUCUGGGGGUGCUGUCCAUCCUAUGGCCGUCCGCAAGUCUUUAAACGUUUACCCUCUUCCAGGCAAUAGUGGUGGCGGCCUGGAAGGGCCAGUGCCCAUGCGAGUUGACACCCCAACCUGGUUGAGCAGCCAAGCAGCCACAGGCAGGUUAAUGGUGCGGCCACCAGUCAUCUGUCCAGGCCCUGAGGUGUGGGGAGUGCCUCUGGGUCCCUCACCUUAUGAAUUCCGAGGUGAGAGAGCACCCUGUGGAGCUGGUGAAGCAAGGGCCUGGUCCCAGAAUUCCUCGGAGGUUGCCUGCCCAGGACCCUACAUCGCCCUGAGGUACAUGCCAAAUUUGGCACUGCCAGAGGACGUUUCAGCUAUACAGAAAGAGAUGGAGCAACUGGCCAAGGAGCUGAGACAGAAGAGGAUGACCCUGGGAUAUUCACAGGCCGAUGUGGGGUUUGCUGUAGGAGCUAUGUUUGGGAAGGUUCUCAGUCAGACGACCAUAUGCCGCUUCGAGGCCCAGCAGCUCAGCCUUGCCAACAUGUGGAAGCUGCGACCCCUGCUGAAAAUGUGGCUAGAGGAAGUAGAUGAGAAGAACCUUCUUGGCAUAUGCAGAAUGGAGAUGAUCCUGCAACAGGCCCGGAAGCGGAGACGUGCUAGCAGAGAAAGACGCAUUGGGAGCAAUCUGGAGAAACUGUUCUUGCAGUGUCCAGAGCCCACGCCCCAACAAAUCAGCUAUAUUGCUGGGCGCCUCCGGCUACAGAAGGAUCUGGUCCAAGUUUGGUUUUCUAACCGGAGCCAGAUGGGCAGUUGGCCAACCAAUGAUACCUCCCAGAGGGAGAAUGUGGGGGCAACUGGGCCUCCCUUCCCAGGGCCACCAGUGUGCUUUCCCUUGGCACCGGGGCUCCCCUUUGAUUUCCCCCACUAUGGGGGGUCAUGUCUUACACCCCUGUACUCUUCUGCCACAUUUCCUGUGCGAGGAGCCCUUCUGUCUGCCCCAGCCACCACUUUGAGCCUCCCCAGGCUGUCAAGCUGAGGGGCCUGCUCUGCCGGAGGAAGAUCAGAGGAUAGAGAGGAGGAGUCUUUGUUUCAGGGUGUUUAGCCUUUAGUUCUCUACCUAAAGAAUUUAAACAAGCUAAGUUAGAGGGUGGGAAUUCCUUCGGGAGGGUUGGGAAGAAAGUUAAAGCUUAUCACUAGCUUCAUUUUGUUUUUACCUUUGUUUGUCCCUGGUGUUAGCAUUACAAUAUAUUUGUGACUUCAAUGUUUGUUUCUCUUUUUUAUUAUUAAUUAAAGACAUUCCCAUUGUUCCUUAUUCUUUCGGGAAUUAUAAAGAGUUUAUUUCUUUAUUAACACAGUAUAAAGUUCAAAAUUCAAGUCACAGAAAACUACUCCAGCAACUU